GGGGCCGGGGAGAAACCUCGGGAACUCCGGGGACCCUGCUAAGGCGGGGGCGGUGCCUUCGAUGCUCGUCCCCCCUUCCCCAACUCUUACAAACUGACAGCAGCCGCCCCUGCCAUCGUCACUUUUCAUGGACCCAGGAGUCCCGACGCCCGGGCUGCCUGUACUCACCACCCAGGAGCCCAGGCCAACAACUACCUCACCAGUUAUGGAGUCAGAAAAUCAAGGCCUCAGCCCCCUUCCAAAACCCCCGGACCUGACCCCGGAGGAACGGAUGGAGCUGGAGAACAUCCGCCGGCGGAAACAGGAGCUGCUGGUGGAGAUCCAGCGCCUCCGGGAGGAGCUCAGCGAAGCCAUGAACGAGGUGGAGGGUCUGGAGGCCAAUGAGGGCAGCAAGACUUUGCAGCGGAACCGAAAGAUGGCAAUGGGCAGGAAGAAAUUCAACAUGGACCCCAAGAAGGGCAUCCAGUUCUUGGUGGACAAUGAGCUGCUGCAGAACACACCCGAGGAGAUCGCCCGCUUCCUGUACAAGGGCGAGGGGCUGAACAAGACUGCCAUCGGGGACUACCUGGGGGAGAGGGAAGAACUGAACCUGGCAGUGCUCCAUGCUUUUGUGGAUCUGCAUGAGUUCACCGACCUCAAUUUGGUGCAGGCCCUCAGGCAAUUUCUGUGGAGCUUUCGCCUCCCUGGAGAGGCCCAGAAAAUUGACCGGAUGAUGGAGGCCUUUGCUCAGCGAUACUGCCUGUGCAACCCUGGGGUUUUCCAGUCCACAGACACAUGCUACGUGCUGUCCUUCGCUGUGAUCAUGCUGAACACCAGCCUGCACAAUCCCAACGUCAGGGACAAGCCUGGCCUAGAGCGUUUUGUGGCAAUGAACCGGGGCAUCAACGAGGGCGGGGACCUCCCUGAGGAGCUGCUCAGGAAUCUCUAUGACAGCAUCCGGAACGAGCCCUUCAAGAUCCCUGAGGACGACGGGAACGACCUGACCCACACCUUCUUCAACCCAGACCGGGAGGGCUGGCUCCUUAAGCUGGGGGGCCGGGUGAAGACAUGGAAGAGGCGCUGGUUCAUCCUCACUGACAACUGCCUCUACUACUUCGAGUACACGACGGACAAGGAGCCCCGAGGAAUCAUUCCCCUGGAAAAUCUGAGCAUCCGAGAAGUGGAUGAUCCCCGGAAGCCAAACUGCUUUGAACUUUACAUCCCCAACAACAAGGGGCAGCUCAUCAAAGCCUGCAAAACAGAAGCAGACGGACGGGUGGUGGAGGGGAACCACAUGGUGUACCGGAUCUCAGCCCCUACGCAGGAGGAGAAGGACGAGUGGAUCAAGUCCAUUCAGGCUGCUGUGAGCGUGGACCCCUUCUAUGAGAUGCUGGCUGCGAGGAAGAAGAGGAUUUCUGUCAAGAAGAAGCAGGAGCAGCCCUGACCCCUGCCCCCAACUCUGUUAUUUAUUAUGGAGCUGCCCUGCCCAGGUGGCCGGACCCCUGGGCCCAGGGGCUGUGGAUCCUGCUCCUCCAUUUGGAAUAUUCACCACCUCCCUCCAGCUCCUCCUUAUUUGUAAUUAACAUGCUGUUGGUAAUCUUAUUAAUUAUUUAACCACUCAAGCCUA